AUGCUCAACCAAGACGCGUGCACAUUCUUCAAAGAUCAUGCCGUUCACGACAUGUUUGGCGGCAUUGCAUUCGAAACCUCGGAAGGAGAGAGGAUAGCUACGGCUCUAGGCAACAAAAGGUGUGCCAUCUUGAAGAACCAUGGUCUCUUGACGACAGGGAAGACCGUCGAUGAGGCGGCGUUCCUGUAUACCCUGAUGGAAAACUCCUGUCGCAUACAGCUUCUUGCAGAGGCUGCUGUAGCAUCGGGGAUCGAGAAGCACCUUUGUCCUGAUGCCGAAGCUGAGUAUACAUACCGUUUGACUACACCUGAGGCCAUGUGGUUGGAGUUCCAGCCGGAUUACGAAUAUGAACUGGCCAUGUCAGGCGGAGACUUUCUCUCGUGA